AGGAGGCAAGGGUUAGACAGCCUGAGGUGGGCAGCACCUGGAGUGAAGCCAGGCAGGUGGCCAGAGUCCUGGGUCUCUCAAGGGAUCACGGCUGGACUUGGAGGCUGUAGGGUGGUUGGGUGUUAGGGGCUCAGCGUCUGCGAGUCCUAAGGCUGGUGAGUUGUGCAAGGCUCCAGGAGAGGAGGGGGCUGUGGGCUGGACGCCCAUGUGUUAGAGGAGGGGGCGGCUCCGUCCCAGCCAGCCAGCCAGACCCCAGGCCUCUCAGGCACUCCUCCUAAGCGCCCGCUCCCAGCGGAGCCAGGCGUUCGACCCCAGGCCCCCGUGUGUGCAGCCGCCCCCGCCAGCCUCUGGGGGCAGAGAGCACCUGUUUGCUCUUAGGAGGCAAAGGCUGUUCACCCACCCCCAGGGCCCAAGACUGUUUGCUUUGGAAACAAGAGAUGCCCGGCAAGCGAUCAGGGGAGGAGCAGGUGGAGGUGGGGGCAGCAGAGGCUGGAGCUGACGCGGGCCUGGGGGGCCUCACGGCGGAGGAGCUGCAGCAGGGCCAGGAGGCAGCCCUGGAGCUGGAGGACAUGAUGGCGCUGAGCGCGCAGGCCCUGGUCCGAGCCGAGGUGCAGGAGCUCUACGAGCAAGUGCGUCCCUUGGGCAAGGGCCGCUUUGGACAGGUCCUGCUCGUCACCCACCGUCAGAAAGGUAUCCCCCUGGCACUGAAGCAGCUCCCCAAGGCCUCCACUUCCCUCCGUGGCUUCCUGUAUGAGUUCUGUGUGGGCAUGUCGCUGGGCACGCAUUCGGCCAUCGUGGCAGCGUACGGCAUCGGCAUCGAGUCGGCAGACUCCUACAGCUUCCUGACGGAGCCUGUCCUUCACGGGGACCUCAUCGCCCUCAUCCAGCCCAAGGUGGGCCUCCCGCAGCCGGCAGCCCAGCGCUGCGCAGCCCAGCUGGCCUCGGCCCUGGAGCACAUUCACUCCCGCGGCCUGGUGUACCGGGACCUCAAGCCAGAGAACGUGCUGGUGUGCGACCCGGCCUGCCGGCACAUCAAGCUGACCGACUUCGGCCACACACGGCCCCAAGGGACCCUGCUGCGCCUGGCUGGGCCGCCCAUCCCCUACACGGCCCCCGAGCUCUGCGGCCCCCCGCCCCUCCCCCAGGGCCUGCCCAUCCAACCCGCCCUGGAUGCCUGGGCGCUGGGCGUCCUCCUGUUCUGCCUUCUCACUGGCUACUUCCCCUGGGACCAGCCCCUGGCCGAGGCCGACCCCUUCUACGAGGACUUCCUUGUCUGGCAGGCCUCGGGCCAACCUCAGGACCGUCCCCAGCCCUGGGGUGGCCUGACGCCUGUGGCAGACACUCUCCUGUGGGGGCUGCUGGACCCUCGGCCCCGAAGGAGGAGCCCCGUGGGCUCCGUCCGCCGCUACCUGGGGCGGCCCUGGAGGCAGCGGGAGGGGGACGAGGAGGAGGUGGACUAGCCGGCUGAGGGGGCCUGGCGGGCCUGCUGUGCUGUGCCCGCCUCUAUCUGCGUCCCCUCGUCCUGGGGCUUGGCCGUGCUCCUUCCCUCACCUCCCUCAACCCCAGGCUUGCCCGGCUCGGAGGCCUUCCCUCAGCGCCCACGGCCACACUGCGGCCGACCCCUCGCUCUCCCCUGCCAGCCCUUCCCUGGCGACGCUCACUCCUCGGGGGCCCUGUGCCCCCUGGGUGCCGCCUGGGCCUGGCACACACACCUCCACACACACACACACACACGCACGCACACACACACCCGCUCCUCCUCAUCUCUCUUGCUGGGUCUCCUUCACUCUCUGCCCUUUUUCGGCCACCCACGUGCUGGGUCGAUGCUCUCUUGAUAACAUGCUUCCUCUUCUCUCCCCCAACCUCCCCUGCAAAUAAAACCCAUGUGGUACUCUGG